UAUGGCUUCUUAAAGUGAAGAGAAAGACUUGAUAGGAUCCAUAUUAAGUGGUAAUGAUGAAUUUGUUAUUGUAGAUUAAGAUGACAAACAAGAAAUCAUCCCAAAAAAAGCAAGAAAGAACUUAUCUUUGAAAUCAAAAGAAUUCGAUCCUCAAAUUCAUCCAAAACAUCAAGAAUUUCAGACUUCGAAUGCAAGCAUAUUAUCUACAGGAUAUUAAUCACAUUAGAAAUAACGAAUAUUUUUCUAAACUUAAACAUCAAUAGAAAUGUAUAUAUAUGUUUAUAAUGAAAUAAAUAGUUAGUCUUAAUUUUCUAGUGCUUUACAAUAAACUGCAGAUUAAGAUAACACUUGUUCAUAUGAUCAUUUUUAAUGUAUAAUUAUUUUUUUAGUUUUUAUAGCCUUUGAUUCCUUUGGUUAGUUACAAAGAAAAUAAUCAACUAAGAAGCAUCAUACUAUGCAACCUAUUGAAUAUUAAAAUCCUUCAUUAAUCUUUACCAGUGAUUAAUGUAUAGAUGGUAAAUUAUCUUUGAGUCAAACAGAUCUUGUAAAUAGAUAAUUUUUAAUAUAAAGGAAUAAAUAUGUGGAAAUUAGUUAAUCAAUCGAAAAUUGCAAAAUAUAUUGGAUAGCAAUGAUAUUAAUACAAAAAGAUUGAUUUUUAAUUAAGUAGAAAAGAUAUGCUUAAAAGCUUCAAAAGAUAUGUUUGGAAAUUAUACAGUUCAAAAGAUCUUUGAAGUUGGAAGUCAAGAUUAAAAAUAAAGAAUAUAUAAUCUAUUAAUUAAUCACAUCUUUGAAUUGUCAAAAAAUUAAUAUGCAUGUAGAGUAGUUUAGAAAAUGAUGGAAUUUAUAAAGUAACUAAAUUAUUAAUUAAAAGAGAUUAUCCAGAAUAAUUAGAGAUAUUUUUACAAAUUUUGUAUUAAUAAAUUAAUCCAUUAUUAAAUGAUCCUAAUGGAAAUUAUGUUAUCCUAUCAUGUUUUGAGUUGUUUAACAAAAAUUAAUUAAUCUUUAUUAUUCCAAUGAUAGAAGAUUCGGUAAUUUGUUAAUAAAUUUAUUGUAGUUGUAAUUUAUGUCAAAACAAACUUAUGGUUGUAGAGUCAUUUAAAAAGUAUUAGAGAUAUAUCCAGUAGAAUAAACCUAAAGAAUUAUGGAUAUAUUGAUGACUCUUGCAUCUUAAUUAUGUUAUUAGGAAUUUGGAAAUUAUAUCAUACAAUAUCUAUUAAAGAGUGGACCUCCAAAAGAGAAAUAAAUAAUCUGUUAGAUUAUUAAGGAUAAUUUUGAAUAAUUAAGUAUAAAUAAAUUUGGAAGUAACACUGUGGAAAAGUAUAUAGAUAUUAUUGGGCCUAAUUAAAUUAUUAACAUAUUAUGUUCAAUUUCAAAUGAUUAGUAAUUAAAUCAGUAUAUUUUAGAUUUGUAUUUUACAAUUUAUCUAUCAAUCCUUUUGGUAAUUAUGUGAUGAAAAAAGUGCUGAUUAGUGGAGAUCCAUCUGUACAAUAUUUAAAAAGCAUAUUGAAAUAAUAUCCAGAACUUGUUCAAAGAAUUAAGAACUCUGAUUUCGGAUAAAGAGUUGGAUUAAUUAUGGAUGCAUUAUGAG